AUGGCGGUGUUUCUUCCCCCCUCCCCACCCAAACCCGCCCUCUCCCCGCUGACAGAUGGGGUGAAGUUGUCUUCAGCCAUGCGCCUGGAGACUGUGGCGGCGGUGGUGGUGGUGGGUGCUGGCGGUGAGCUGCGCGGCGGAGGAGAAGAAGAAGGAGAAAGUGAAGAAGCUGCAGAUUGGGGUGAAGAAAAGAGUCAGGUCAUCCGAGGCUGGGACCAGGGACUGAUUGGGAUGUGCGAGGGGGAGAAGAGGAAGCUUGUCAUCCCCUCGGACCUCGGCUAUGGAGCUUCAGGGGCGCCUCCAAAGAUACCUCCCCACACCACGCUGGUCUUUGAGGUGGAACUUGUCAAGAUAGAGAGGAAAGAGGAGCUUUGA